AUGGGUGAAAGAUACAAUAUACACAGUCAGCUAGAGCAUUUGCAGAGCAAGUACAUAGGAACAGGACAUGCUGAUACAACCAAAUACGAGUGGCUUACGAACCAGCAUCGGGAUUCAUGUUGCAGUUAUAUGGGGCAUCCGGAUAUACUAAGUUACUUUGCUAUUGUUGAAAAUGAGUCUAAAGCGAGGGUGAAGUUUAAUUUGAUGGAGAGAAUGCUCCAACCUUGUGGUCCACCACCGGAGAAGCCCGAAGAUUGA